AUGGGUAAAGCUCAAAGUAAAUUGUCACCCGAACAACUCGGAGACCUUCAAAAGUGUACAUACUUUGACAAGAAAGAACUUCAACAAUGGUACAAGGGCUUUCUUAAGGAUUGCCCGUCUGGUCAACUAGACAAGACUGAAUUCCAAAAGAUUUAUAAACAAUUCUUUCCGUUUGGUGACCCCUCUCGGUUUGCUGACUAUGUAUUCAAUGUAUUCGACAACGACAAGAAUGGAACAAUUGACUUUAAAGAGUUUAUCUGUGCACUUUCGAUCACCAGUCGUGGUCAGAUUGAUGAAAAGCUGUUUUGGGCAUUUCAGCUGUAUGAUAUCGACAAUGAUGGGUUUAUCACCUAUGAUGAGAUGCUGCACAUAGUCGAUGCAAUUUACAAGAUGGUCGGUAGUAUGGUAAAACUACCUCCGGAUGAGGCAACCCCAGAAUUGAGAGUCAAGAAGAUCUUUGAUCUUAUGGACCUUGAUAAGGACGGUCGAUUAAGCAAGGAGGAGUUCAGAGAAGGAUCGAAAAAGGACCCAACAAUUGUCCAGGCGCUGAAUCUGUACGAUGGACUCGUCUAACUUAUUCUGUAUCACAAAACCAAACACACCCAUCCCACUCACCCACCCACCCACACUCAUUCACUCAUUCACUCAUUCACUCACUUAUUCAUUCACUCCCAUAUAUAUAUAUGUGUGUGUGUAUUUGUGUGUGUAUGUCUUUUAUAUAUAUAUAUAUAUAUCUUUUCCUCUUUAUUUUAUCCUCUCUAUCUCUUUCAUCUCUUUCCCUUUCCCUUUCAACUUCAACGUUAACCUCAACUAACCAAUUACUCUCGGUAAAAGUUUCCCCUUGUCAAAAGUUCACAGACCCGGGAAAAGGUCUCAUCUCAGUGUAAAAAUAAAUAUAAAUAUUAAAAAGGG